CAGGAAAUGCCGUAUGAACCGGAAAUACAACUUUAUUCGAAGCAAUAUUAUGAAAAAUAGCUUAGCAGCACGAAUCCUCUGCCGCUAUAAAACAGUUUUUGUAGUGUUCACGUAAAAUAUACACACAUCAACAUUAUCUCCAAACGGAGAUGCGACUUUUCUUCUGAAAGACUGACAAAGAAACAAAACUGGCCCCACCCCUGCCUGUCACUAUGCCUGCUUUGUUGGAGAGACCCAAGCUGUCCAACGCAAUGGCCCGAGCCCUCCACAAGCACAUAAUGAGAGAAAGAGAGCGCAAAAGACAAGAGGAGGAGGAGGUUGAUAAGAUGAUGGAACAGAAGAUGAAGGAGGAGGAAGAGAGGAAGAGAACAAAAGAGAUAGAGGAGCGUAUGUCUUUGGAAGAGACUAAAGAACAGGUGAUGAAGAUGGGGGAGAAGCUGCAGGGUCUGCAGGAGGAGAAACACCAGCUCUUCCUGCAGCUAAAGAAGGUGCUCCACGAGGAGGAGAAGAGGCGCAGGAAGGAGCAAAGUGAUAUCACAACGUUGACCUCAGCCAGCUACCAGCCCAGUCUACCCAUGCACUCGAGCCAGCAUCUGCUCAGCAUUCAAGGAAGUCCAGUGGGUCACAGCAGGGCCGGAGCUCUGUUAGGAGAACGCAGCAAGCAGCUCUUCCCAACGCCGGUCAUCCCAGGUCGCCACUACCAGACCCAGCCUGGCUUCAGCGGGGGGUCGGCAGAGCACGGCCAGUUCAGCGGCAGCCAGGGGGUGCAUGAGACCUAUGGGGUGGCGGCGUCCCAGCACCCCUCCACCUACGCCCCCGUGCCCUCCGCACCCGUCAGCUUCGCCAGCAGCUCCCAGAUCCGAGGCGCGUCAGCGUUCCAGGCCAUGCAGUACCUUCCUCACCAGCAGCAGGGCUUUGCCGUCCAUAGUCACUUCACCUCACAGCCAGGAUUCAUCCCUGGUGCUGGAAUCCCCCUCCAGAAGCAGUUGGAACACGCCAACCAGCAGUCUGGCUUUACCGACACAGGUGCCCUGAGACCCAUGCACCCCCAAGCCCUCCAUGCCUCUGCCGCAGGUCUGCUUCCCACUCCCUCCAUGGCUGUUCAGAUCCCCACAGCCAAGGCUCCUUUCCAAAGCUCGCCCCAGCCUGCUCCUCGCCACGCCUUCCUCCCACACGCCCAGAGUGGACAGAGGUUCUAUCAUCACAGCAAGUAACCACGGUGACCCCACACUACACUGACUGCCUCCCCCCCCCCCCCCCCCCCCCCCAGAGUUUAUGGAUGAGAGUUCUUGGCCCUCCCCCACCUCUCUAAAUCUUGGAUCCUGAUGGUUGAUUGUAAAAAAGACAGGACCGUGGACUGGUCUUUGCAGUAUUACUUUGUACAUACCAUAAACUGCAUAUUGUACAGUGUCCUCUGCUCAUCCUUUGUUUUCGUCUUUUUUUUACUUUAGUUUUGAUGUCUUAGAUCAGCGUUUUACUGAACCUGGUUUUGAACAGACUGGGUUGUGCUACCAGUAGGUCUAAAUCCUACUUUCCCUGCAGCUCCAUAGAACUGGAGCUGGAGUCAGUCAGUAAAGACCCUGUGAAAUAGUAAUGAGACAUUUCCUUUACCCUUGUUCAGAAUAUAUCUGGUUGUAGGCCUUUAUGUAU